CCAGUAGGUUGCCGCCUUGCGGUCGAGCUGGUGAUGUGAAGUGUAGCUGUGGAGCAGGCCGACACUGCCCGACUCCGAGCGUCUCGUCUCGCCUACGAGUCUGACAUGUGACAACUACCGUCGCCCGACACGACGCUUCAGCUGUUACGUCAUCGAAAAGACUUCUGCUGAGAACACCCACUGCCUAACGUGCGAGGUCUGUUGAAUGCGCGCGGCGGCGCACUCGCGCCCAGGCAGAAGAGGAUCACCCAGUGACGUGGCUUCUGGCAGCCUUUGAACAGUGCCGGCAGAUGGAGCGCGCGACGCUGCUGGCUGUGCUGCUGCUGGCGUGUGCGGCUGCGCCAUGCGCUGCCAACCAGCCACCAGUACUGACGAGGGAUAUGGAUGGGCUGGUGGUGUCAGAGGGUGUGCCAUUGGGAGAAGAAGUGUACCAGUUGCAGGGCAGUGACCCCGAGGGAUCACCACUUCGCUAUGGCCUCUCUGGCACUGACCGCCUCGCCGUCAACCCCAUCACAGGCUCCGUCCGUGUCGCUAAGCCUCUUGAUCGUGAGGUAAAUGACACCCUGAAGCUGUUUGUGACACUGGAAGAUGAAGUGGAAGAUGGGAAUAACAACGUAGUUACAGUGCCAGUCACCAUCAUCAUUGUUGAUGAGAAUGACAAUCCGCCAGUUUUUAAAGGUGAGCCCUAUGAAGUGGUUGUUCCAGAAGACACACCUGUGGGUAACACUGUCUUCAGUGGAAUUCAAGUUGAAGAUCCUGAUGUGAUCGGUGAAGUGCUAGAAGUGACGUGCCACAAUCUUCCACAGUUUCCAGAUUCCUGUACCAAGUUCAGAGUUCUGCCAUUGAAUGCAAGUGAGAGAAGUUUCAGUGGAGCCAUCAUCCUCCAGCAGGCACUGGAUUAUUCAGAGCAGCAAAUCUACCAAAUACUGCUAGUUGCUAAGGAUGGUCAUUUCAAGAGCAGUACAGGAAUGGAACUGAGAGUUGGUGAUGUCCAGAACACUCCACCAGUGUUUCUUGGCUCUCUCACAGGUGUGGUAAAAGAAGAUGCUCCCAUUGGAACUCUUGUAAUGACAGUCCAGGCUCGAGAUGGUGAUCGAGGACAGCCUAGGAAGGUUGUUUAUGAAUUAGUGACAAAUCCAUUAAACUACUUCCUGCUGGACCCUGAAACAGGAGAGCUACGCACAGCAAAACCAUUGGACAAAGAAGCUCUAGAGGAUUCCACUGGUGUUCUGACACUUACUGUAAAAGCUCGAGAAGUUGUAAAGGAUAUAAGUGAAAAUGAUCCACUAACAGUUACCACGGCAAAAGUUACAGUCACUAUAAAGGAUGUUAAUGAUGAGGCUCCAAGGUUUAAUAGCCGUGAAUACAGCAUUACAAUCCCUGAAAAUGUGCCAGAAGGAACACCGUUGCCGCACUUGGAUAUGAAUGUGGAAGACCCUGACGUGGGCAACAAUUCUGUGUUCAGUUUACGACUGGAAGAUGUCUCUGGAGCGUUUGAUGUUGAGCCAAAAUCAGCAACUGGAUCCACUCCUGUAAGCAUCCGAGUUUCCAAUGGCUCACUGGAUUACGAAAAUCCAAAUCAGAGAAAAUUUAUACUGCUGGUGAUAGCUGAGGAGCAGCUUACUAACCCCAGACUCUCUUCAACUGCAACUGUCACUGUAACUAUCACAGAUGCUAAUGACAAUGACCCAACAUUCGAUCGUGAAUCUUACACUGCAUCUGUGUCUGAGACAAGUUCACCGGGCACUGUGGUCACAACUAUUACAGCAAAGGACAGAGAUAGUGGGCAGUUUGGCGAAAAUGGCAUUAUUUAUCAGCUGGAUGGUACAGGGGCAGACAAAUUUAUGGUUAAUAACCGAACAGGAGUGAUAACAGUAGCAGAUUGUGCAACUCCUGGUAAGGACCCAUGUCUAGAUUAUGAAUCAAGGCAUGAGUACUUGCUGACGUACAAGGCAACAGAUGACAAUGGAGAGGGCCAUACCACAGCUGUUCCAGUCAGAAUCCUACUCAUUGACAGCAAUGACAAUGCACCACAGUUUACAAAUAAUAAUUAUCUUGUUGCCAUUGAUGAAGGCGCCAGUAAUUUUGAACCACCACUGCAAGUUCAGGCAAGAGACACUGAUGUAACUUCUGAGAUAACAUACUCAAUAGUAGAAGGAAAUGUUAAGAACCUGUUUGAAAUUAAUCCUCAUACAGGAGAAAUUACAGUUCGUGCAGCUAGUGGCCUUGACAUGACCAAUGUUACAAGUGAUGUAAUUACAUUAACAGUACAGGCUAGUGAUGGAGUAUUUGCAAAUACAGCGACAGUGCGUAUUACAGUUCGUGAUGUAAACAACAAUAGCCCAGUGUUUGAGAGGGAGAGUUAUGUUGCUUCAAUACAGGAAGAUUCCCCCAUAGGAACAAGCAUUGAGACCAUACAUGCAAGUGAUGCAGACUCAGGUGUUAAUGCACAGAUAAAGUAUCGUGUGCAGAAAGGAGCAUUUGAUGAUUUUGAAAUUGAAGAGGACAGUGGGCUGGUCAAAGUAACAAAGAAGUUAGAUUAUGAUAGAAGAAGCCUAUACAACAUUGAAAUAAUAGCAAUAGAUGGAGGUACACCUGCACUUACAGGAACCACAACUCUGACCAUCAGUAUCAUAAAUAGUAAUGAUAGAGAUCCAUUUUUUGAACCUUCAACACAAAGGGCAGAGAUAUCAGAAGAUGCAGUUCCUGGUACUAUAUUUUACACCUUACAAGCUCGGGAUCCAGACGUCAAUAGCUCGGAUGCACUCAAUUUUGAAAUUGCAGAGCCAAUUACAGCUGUCGAUUGGAAUGGGAAACAAGUGGAGCAGAAUAAUGCUUUCAAGUCCUUCUUUGCCGUUGACCGAGAAACAGGUGAAGUGUCGGUUGCCAAAACACUUAUGCGAGAUAUUGCAUCUGUGGUUAGACUAACUGUUGUUGUCACUGAUGUAACAGCUCCAUCACUCCAGCAAGGGAAAGGUAUAUUGGUUAUUACCAUCAUUGAUGUGAAUGACUAUCCUCCAAUAUUUGCUAAACCAUGGACUGUUCAAGAUCCUCGUUACACUGUUGACAUACUGGAAGAACAGCCUCCUGGAACUAUAGUUGAUACUUAUACCGCAACUGAUGUAGAUUCAAAGAUUGCUGCAUAUGCAAUCGAACCGGAAAAUGAAUACUUUACAAUUGACAAUACGACUGGAACUGUGCGAACUAAAAAGAGGAUUGAUUAUGAAAAAGUAAAGCAACUGAAUUUUACCGUAGUUGCUUAUGAUUCAGGAAUACCACAAAUGUCAUCAACAGCAGAUGUAGUGGUGAAUGUCAUCAAUGUUAAUGACAUGGAUCCCGUGUUCUCAAAGACUUCAUACGAGGCAGAGGUGCUGGAGAACUCGCCUACUGGUACUCAUGUCAUUACAGUCACAGCAAAAGAUGGUGAUGAAGGUGUAUUUGGAAGAGUGACAUACAGUCUGGCAGGUGAACACAGUGCUGAUUUCAAAGUGGGUCAGGAGACUGGUGAGAUCACAGUGGCAAAUCCUCAGUUGCUGGAUCGUGAGACGCUGCCCAGGGUUACAGUGCAGGUUAUAGCCAGUGACAGUGCCCCACCAGAUCAGAGGAGAACUGUUGCAGUUCCAGUAUACAUUAAACUACUUGAUGAAAAUGAUAACCCACCAGUAUUCAGUCAGAGAAAUUACCCAGCACUGAUAGUGGAUAACCUACCACUCCAGCCACCACCACCAAUUGUGAAGUGCCAUGCAGAGGACCCUGAUGAGGGAGUUAAUGGAGCAGUUCGAUACAAAAUAAUUUCUGGAAAUGAGGGUGAUGUUUUCCACCUAGAUCCAGUAUCUGGAAUAUUAUAUGCUACAACAUCACUUGUCGGGAAACCAAGGAAGUUCCACAUAGUGGUAGAGGCAAGAGAUGGUGAUGGUCUCGGAAAACAUGCGGAUAAUGCCACUGUGGAAAUAAAAAUACUUUCUGUGAAUCAGAAUAAACCAGAAUUUAUCAUGCCUGCUCUUGCCAAUGCCACAGUUGAGGUUCCUGAGAACGCUGGCAUCGCAAAUUAUUUGGUCAUGACAGUGAAAGCUGUUGAUAAAGAUUCUGGAGAAAAUGGCCGAAUUAGCUACCAUCUCAGGGUUGGAAACAACAUAACACAGGAAACUAAUGAGUUCUCUAUCAAUGCUGACACUGGUGAACUAAGAACUAAAAUAAUUUUAGACAGAGAAGUUCAAGCUAAGUAUGAAUUAGUUCUUGUUGCUAAGGACCAUGGUUCACCAGUUCCUUAUGAGACAAUGCAUUUCUUAACAGUACUUCUAGUUGAUACAGAUGACAACAAGCCAGAGUUUCCACUGGAUGAUACAGUGAAUCCAUACAAGUUUCGUGUAGUAGAAAACACACCGGCUCCACAACUUAUUGGCAGGGUAGAAGCUAUUGACAGAGAUGAAGGGCAACAUGCACGCAUAUAUUAUUACAUUAUUUCUGGGAAUGAAGAAGGAGGUUUCUAUAUUGAUAAGACCGAUGGUAGUCUCUAUGCCAAUAAAUCAUUUGACCGUGAAAAAGAAGAGUUAUACGUAUUGCACAUCAAAGCUACAAAUGAUCCUGAUUAUUAUACUACCCAGGAAGAGAAAGCAAAACUAGCCUUUGAGAGAGACACCAGUAUAGCACAAGUACAAAUAACUGUACUGGAUGUAAAUGACAAUGCCCCACAUUUCUUGCACAGUGAUUAUUAUGCAGGCAUAAAUGCAAUGGCAAACGUCAAUGAAUUUGUGUCAAAGCUGUCUGCAACAGAUCCAGAUUUGGGAGAUAAUGGCACUGUACUUUAUUACAUUGCUGCAUCAAAUCUAUACAAAUAUGGAGCAAAUAAAUCAUCAGGUUCUAUUAUACCUUCACCAUUCAACAUAAGCGAGGAAGGAAAAUUAGUCACUGCAAAUUACAUGGCUGAAUAUAAUCAGGACAGAUUUGUGCUUAAUAUAGUUGCUAGAGAAAAGGCUCCACCAGAAAGAGAAGCAACAGCAAAGGUCCAUAUUUGGAUCUUUGAGCCUGAUCAGCUUAUACGUGUGAUACUUUCUCGACCACCAGAAGCUGUUAAUGAAGACAGGGAUGAAAUAGUUGCAGAGUUGUCUAAUAUCACCAAAAGCUUGGUUGUUGUAGAUGAUAUCAGAUAUCAUGUAGACUCCAAUGGACAUAUACAUCAUGACUGGUGUGACAUGUAUAUGCAUGUUGUUGAUGAGAGUACUCAAACAAUUGCACCAAUAGCUGAGGUUUUAAAAGUGAUUGAUGCAAAAUACGAUUAUUUGAAGAGCUACUAUGCAGGAAUUUCAAUUCAGAAUGUUGUGCCAGCAUUUGUUGGAGUGCAGGAGGAAGCAUUUGAUCCAGCACUUGCUGCACUCAUUGCCCUUAUAAUUGUACUUUUUGUGGGCUCAAUAACAUUUGUUGUUGUUUGUUGCUGCCUGAGGCAUUGGGUCAUUACUGUACCAACAGAUCUGAAGAAGAAAGAAGCAUUGAUUAAGAAAGAAAUUCUGGAUGAGCUUAACACAACAGAAAAUCCGCUGUGGAUAGAACAGAAACUGAAAUUAUAUGAAGAGCAGGAAUUGACAAUGCAAGUGUUCAGUGAGCCAGAUAUGAUGGCCUCACAACAACCUGGAGGUGAUGGUGGAAACACAGGGCAGUUCCCACAGGCUGACAACACCUAUGCAACAAUCCGGCAGCCAGCUCGGCAGGGCUCCCCGAAUGCAUCACAGCCAUUACCCAGCCAUCAAGCCUCAACUGGGGAACUAGCUGACUAUGCCACUUUGUCUGGUGGUGGCAUAGAAGCUGCACGUGGUGGGAAUAGUGCCCACGGGUCUUUGAGAGGAAUGCCACAGCAGAUGUUUGAAGCUAGCCUUGGAUUUCAAGGUUCAACUUUUCAAGUCCCUGAACAACAUCAGAAUUCAAAUAGUAAUUCUGAUGGCUUCAGAUCACGAACAGCAUUGACUAUAAAUAAGGAUGGACAACCUGAAUUUGUUGCAGAACUCAUAUGAGUCUGAGAAGACCUCUCCAGUGAAGUAUGAAUAUGGUACUGGAAAGAUUUCUGCCAAAGUUUUACUUUCUCGUGUUGACAGAAAACCACAAAUGUGAUAAGAGAAUUGAUGGACUGCCCAGAGAAACAGUAAUACAAAACAUGAAUGUACAUGUGUGUGUGUGUGUGUGUGUGUGUGUGUGUGUGUGUGUGUGUGUGUGUGUAGGCCUGGUACUCUUAAUGAAUGACAUUCAGAUUUUAUACUGAUCAAUUGACUUAAGAUGACACAGAAUGGAAAUUUUUUGAAUGUUCAUCCUUCUGAUUGGAGGUGUCAGGGACUUUGACCAUUCACUUAUGCAAUAAAAUGGAACACCUACAGCCAUCCUUUCGAUGUUACUUAUUAUAUGGCUACCAGUUUUGGUGCACUAUCUUGGGGUCAUAACUGAUGCUGAGGGGGUUAACUCCAAACAUCUAUGAACUGGUUUUCACAGACUACCUGUAACAAUGAUGUUGUGUCUCCAGCAAUUAACUUGGUAGUAGAUGUUUAGAGACACAACAUCGUUGUUAUAGGUAAUCUGCGAAAACCAUUUCAUAGAUGUUGGCCACUGAUGAAUCGUGUAUACAAUUGGAGUUAAUCCCUUCAUUAUCAGUUAAGGCCUGAAAAUUGUACACUGAAGCACCAAAACUGGUAGCCAUGUAACAAAUAACAGCUUAAGGACAGCUGUAGGUGUUACAUUUUAUUACACAGAAUAGUGAUAUCUGUAGCAGACCAACCUGAUAUGAAGUACAGAAUUCUGAUGCAUACUGUAAUAUUUUUUAUAAAAUAAGUGCAUCAACUGCACUGUAAAAAUUAAGAAAUUUUCACAAAUGAUGUCUUCAUUUGUACCUCAUAAGGAAAAUGUGUGGAUGUAAUCAGUGCCAAAGUGAAACAUACAAAUGUAUGGCAGG